UGCAGUGCAGUAGAUGUGGCGCCACAUCCAGCAUGGAAUCAAAACCCAGCUGUGAGCUCGUUGCGGUCUCUGUUGCUCGUUUGACGAUUAAGGAGUCCGAACGUACUCUGGGAGCCUGUCAGUGUUAUUGCUAACCGAGUUGUACAUUUUUGUUUCCCAAGAAAAUCAUUGUAUUUUCAUUCUUAUCGAUAUGAAUGGACACAGGGUUAUCAAUUUUGCUGCCGGACCAGCUAAGCUUCCAGAACCGGUUUUAGAACAUGCACAAAAGGAGAUGCUAAACUACAAUAACAUGGGCCUGAGCAUGAUGGAACUGAGUCAUCGUUCGGCUGAGUUUUCGAAAAUUGUCCAUGAAACACUUCAGGAUCUCAGAGAUUUGCUAGAUAUACCAGACAACUACAAGAUUCUACUUCUGCCCGGAGGGGGCACUGGACAGUUCAGUGCUGUUCCCAUGAACCUGCUCAGAGGAGGUUCAGCCGACUACAUCAUAACCGGAAGCUGGUCGGCAAAGGCUGCUAAAGAAGCCGAGAAAUAUGGCAAAGUAAAUGCCGUCUUCCCCAAGCUGGACAAAUACACCGUAAUUCCAAGCCAAGACAAGUGGAACUUGAAUCCUGAAGCAUCCUAUGUCUAUUACUGUGACAAUGAGACGGUACAUGGAGUUGAGUUCCCAUUUGUGCCUGAGACGAAGGGAGUGCCUUUAGUCUGUGAUAUGUCUUCAAAUUUCCUUUCCAGACCUGUUGAUGUAUCAAAGUUUGGUCUGAUUUAUGCCGGUGCCCAGAAGAACAUAGGAUGUGCAGGGGUAACGGUCGUUAUCGUUCGGGAAGACUUGAUCGGCCAUGCCAUCAGGGAGUGUCCAGUUAUUUUUGACUACAAAGUGCAGGUUGGGAACAAUUCGCUGUACAAUACACCACCAACAUACAGCAUCUACAUCAUGGGUCUCGUCUUCAAGUGGCUGAAGGACCAAGGUGGUGCAGCCAAGAUGGCAGAGUUCAGCCGCAUCAAGUCCCAGUUGAUCUACGAUGUCAUCAAUAACUCGGACGACUUCUAUCACUGUGCCUUGGAAAAAUCUGCCCGUAGUCGCAUGAACGUGGUCUUUCGGAUUGGGGGUAAAGACGGCGUUGACGAACUGGAAAAGAAAUUUGUUGAAGAGUCACAAAAACUUAACAUGGUGUCGCUGAAAGGUCACAGGUCAGUUGGAGGAAUGCGUGCUUCGUUGUACAAUGCCAUCACUGUUCAGGAGGUCAACAAACUGACAGACUUUAUGCUGGAUUUUAUGGCCAGGCACCGAUAAAGACCCUCGCCCACAGAACUCUACUUGAACUGUUCAAAGAUUUUAUAUCAACGAGAGGCCAAAGUUCCCCCAAGAUGGACAUCGAGAAGUUCUUCCAAUCCUAUCAUCAGCUGUUUCCAAUUCAUUUGUUUCUCCACUGUUCUACAAGUUUUCUACGUAGCGUACAUACUAUUAGCAUUUGAACAGUGUACUCCUCAGUUUAUCAAAACCCCCCCAAAAAACGUUCAGCAGUUUGCAGCGUGGUAUAGAGUCAUGAAUUGGCUACUCAGAAUUCAACAAGAACCCCCCACCCCCAUCGAAAAUUGUAGUUGCUACAUGAUUGAAAUGGAUCGUCUCUCACUGGUUCAUGCAUUAACUUUUUUUGGCUGUAACAGUCACAAGACAGUCAAAAAUUCCUUCCAUUUGGUGUGCCGCAGUACACAGACACAAAGGGGUUAUUUGACUGAUAGGACAACUUUGUCAAGAUUGCAUCUUGGCAUAGGAGGCUUGUAAAGAAGAAAAAUUUCAACAACCAAAGAUCAUUUGCAUUUGUAACUAAAGGUGUAGAUCUACCCCCUGUAUUUAAUGUCAUCAAUUUCUUUUCGAUGUAUUUUUGAACGGCCAAAAUACACUGAAAAAUUGUACUUGCAGUUAAAAUUUCUUAAUUUAUUCAAAUGCAAGUGUUGCAGUGGACGAAGCUAUGUAAGCAGUGAUCGCUGACUCACCCAGUGUUGGUGAUGCGAUACCUUAUGUUCUCGAUACAGUCAUGUGAGCACCAUACAUGGUUGGGGCGGUUCCAGUACUUUUCCAAUCACUCCGGUAUUGGAUGAUAACCAGGCCAAAUAGCAGCCUGGAGCUAGCCAGGUUCCUGCGAGUUGUUGAACUCCGACCUUCCGGGACUGUGCUUUCCCUAGAUCUGUCUCUUGCUACCGGGGCAGUUAGUGUUGCAUUUGUGCAUUAUCAGUCAGUGCUCAUACUUGGGGCGUCUUGUAAAUAAAAGGUCACCCACUUUUAUUUAGUAUAAAAACGGCUUAUGUUUUUAAACACGGUAGAGAUAAGAUGCUUUACGAAUUGAGAACCGAACAAAGAAAGGAUGGUAAUGCUAAUUGUAUUCUACUCUUCUCACCCCAUGGAAAACACCAGAGACAAAUCAGUUGUGUAGAUGUGAAAAUGGCAAAAUAGUACAGAAUUGUAGCCAAAACGGAAACAUCACCCACAUUAAUAUGUACAUAUAGUCGUCGGACCUCAAACCUAUUUUACAAGACAAGAAUUUAUGCACGGUGCCUAUAAAACUUGGAAAAGUGCCAUAACCUUUGUAUUAACCAGAUAUUGGACUAUAUACUGGUGUGUCGAGUGAUCCGGUAAAGGGGAACUCAAAUAUUGUACUUGAUUCCAGUCCAGUCACAAUGUUCUCGGUUGCUUUGACGCAAGUGUGAGUUUUCUGUAAUAACUUGUUGAGCACUGUAAGAACCUGUUUGAAAAUGUGGCUGUCAUGAUAUUUUUAAAAAGUAUUUGUGUAUUAUGUUAUGUACAUAAUUCAAUGAAUGUACAUUGUGGAUGCUUUGUUGAUUAGCAGGUGUGCUGGCUGGUAUUUGUUAACAAGCCAAAAGGGUUUUUACUUAGGCUUGCGGGUCAAAUGGCAAAAAUUUCAUGCUUGCUAUCGAUAAAUCAGCGUGGCUGAAGGUUUGAGGUUUACAUAUAUACAGCAGUUUUGUGAAAUUCUAACUUGAAAAACAACAAACAGUUACUGCUGCUUCUAACUUACAUAAGAAUUUUGUACGCAAAAUAUGCUGCAUGAAGUUUGCCAUAUUUUACAAGUUGAUUCUAAUAACUAUUGGAUGUGAGAUGUGCUUUUUGAUCCAAGCUGAUCUUUUAAAAAGUAGCAUCUUUCUAUUUACAGCUAUCGUGAAAUUUGAAAAAGAGUAACAUAAUAUCUGCCACAAUCAAAUUGUGAUUUUAAUAUUUUGUUUCAGUCGAUGUAUUCUUGAAUGUAAAAGAUGUUCUAUUUUUGGAAAUAUGGAGACGCGAAUAUUGCGUUGCUUGAAAGUUAUUGUUGCAGGUGGCUUUGUAUCUGGUUAGUUAACGUCGGUAGACACAUUUUGCUUUAAUUUGAUUUGAACUAAUUAAUUUGAUUUUGGACAUGUUUUUAGAUCUAUACAUUUAAAACUCAUCAAAUGGUGGAAAUGAAAAAGUCUGAUUUAAUUAACCUGUUUGACCUGCACGCGUGUGGCAGCUCAGAGUAUUUUCUAUUCAGUGUAAAAAAUUACCCUAAAAUGUGGCAUGAUUUUGAUGCGCACAAAAAUAUAUGAAAACUAUCGCAGAACCUCAACACUAAUUGUUGAGUUAUCACGAACCGACGCCUCUAACAUCUACUUGUACAUUGAAAGGUUCCACAACCUUUUCCAGGGUAUAGGGCUUUUUCCCAGGCGUCUGACCUUCAGCUGAAAUAGCCGUUUAGUGAGUUGACACAUUGCACUACUUAGCAACUGCUAUCGUUAUUUGUAUUUGUGCUAAGCCUAUCGCUUUUUUAUCGAAAAGAUGGUUAAUCACGAUUCAGAUGGAUUUAAAUCGAUAAAAAGUUGGUUUGCGUAAAGGUAGGGGUUUGUUCAAACGACUAAGAACGAGCAUGUUGCAAUGUCCGUGUACUUCGUACAAACGUUUUGAGUUUCAGUAUGCAGUAUUAUAGAAACGAGGAAACAUUGUGAAAACUUGACAUUUUUAUUUUAUCGGUGGGUCAUAACUGUUUAUAAAAAGUUUCAAUAGAAUGUGAAAACCUGAUAAAAUAGUUUCCUGUGUAUGUCAUGA